AAAACAAAACAUGAGCCGAGCCCAAUCCACUUAGUUUGAUCAUUCACCGCCGAUUUCCCCUCCUACCGCACUGAACUCAACUCUCCGGCAAACUCCGGCGGUGUUCACCGUCGAUUUCAACCGUCAGAACAGCGAAAAAGUUAUCCAGAGUUUUCUCAGGAUGCUUACACUCACUAAUUCGCCUCUACUUGUUGCUAAACCAUAUCAAGAAAUUAAAAUAACAAGUACAAGAAGUAUUGUGGUAUGUGCUGCUGCAAAAGGUCCAAGACCAAGAUAUCCACGAGUUUGGAAGACAAAUAAAAAAAUUGGGACCAUUUCCAAGGCUGCUAAGCUUGUUCAGUCUAUCAAAGAACUGUCAAAUGUCAAAGAGGAAGUUUAUGGAGCUCUUGAUUCCUAUGUUGCGUGGGAACUAGAGUUCCCUUUAAUUACGGUGAAAAAGGCACUCAAGACUCUAGAAUACGAGAAAGAGUGGAAGCGGAUAAUACAGGUAACAAAAUGGAUGCUAAGCAAGGGUCAAGGAAAGACAAUGGGAAGCUAUUUCACUUUACUUAAUGCUUUAGCAGAGGAAGAUCGACUGGCUGAAGCAGAAGAGCUUUGGACGAAGUUAUUAAUGCAGUACACGGAAAGCUUGCCUCGUAGAUUCUUCGAUAAAAUGAUAUCUAUCUACUGUAAAAGGGGCAUGCAUGACAAGAUGUUUGAGGUAUUUGCAGACAUGGAGGAGCUUGCUGUUCGACCUAGUAUUUCUGUUGUCUCAAUGGUCGGAGAUGUCUUCAAGGAGCUGGAAAUGAUGGAUAAAUACGAGAAGUUACAUAAAAAAUAUCCACCACCCCAAUGGGAAUAUAGAUACAUCAAAGGAAAGCGUGUAAGAAUCAAGGUCCAAGGUCAGUCUAAUAAAGUCGACAAAUACAUCCGAAAGCGCGACAAUGUUCAACUAAAUUCAGGCUUGAUAGAGGAUGAUAGUUCAGAAGAGACUUCAGAGUUAACAGAUGAUGAGCAAUUCGAACAAGAUGCCGAUGUAAUAUGCAUGGAAUCCCAACAAAUUUCAGAUGAGUCGUAUGAGAGUAUGGAACCAAGUUUAAAUGAAUAACAAGAGAAAGAUGAUAUACUGUGAUAAUUAGCCGAUAAAAUUUUUGUUGGCAGUUAUUGUUAGUUACAACUGGAAUCAUUUUUUGGUGUCCAACUCGUACAUGUUGUUAGGAGAUAAGGUGAAGCCACUUUAGGAGAACAUGGUUUUAAAAUUUCAAAAAAGAACUGUAAGCUUCAGAAUCUGGUGGUAGCCAUUUCAUUUAUGAGGGUGUCAGAUCAAUUACCAAACAAGAAAUGUAAUUUCUUCGGAUUCCUGCAAUGGCAAAGUCCAAGAUCAUAAGUUGUUAUGUCCUUCUCUUGAGCCAGAAGCAAUGGUGAAUUGAAAGUGGGUGCACUGGCUUGAAAGUUUCCUUAAUGCAUAGUAUAUGAAGAUUGAGGUGUAAUUUUCAAUGCAUAUAGGCUUUGAUUAGGCUAUAAUUGUGAAGGUUUGUGUUAUAUUGUUGAUCAUAUAUUUGCAUCCUAUUCAAAUGCUUAAACCAUGAUAAUUCAGUACUUCUAGAUAUAAAAAUAUUUCUCCUUUUUUUAA